CACGAGCUUGGUAACAUUCAUUGCUUCAUCGUCUACAAACGCUCCCACGGUAGAAAUGGGGAGACAGUCUGUAAUCGCACUCGUUCUCAUUUGCGCCGUCGUGGCCGGCGUCGGUGGCCAGUCACCAGCUGCAGCUCCGACUACCGUUCCGGGCGCUACUUCGCCUGCAGCAGCAAAGUAUACACCUCCAGCCGCGUCUCCUAUAUCGCCACCGACAAAUUUAUCUCCUGUCGCCGCUCCCCAAAAGCCGGUUACUCCAGCUCCCGUCUCCACGCCGCCCGCAUCUGCGCCACCAGCAGUCGCUCCAGUAGCAUCUCCACCGGCCAGCACUCCACCGGCCAGCACUCCACCGACUGCUUCCGUUCCUGCUAGCUCUUCACCAGCUGCUUCCGUUCCGGCUAGCUCUCCACCGACUGCUUCCGUUCCGGCUAGCUCUCCCCCCGCUGCUUCCGUUCCAGCAAUCUCUCCGCCGGUUCCAGUUCCAGCAAGUUCUCCACCAGUCCCAGUACCGGAGAGCUCUCCUCCAGUAUCAGCUCCGACGCAAUCUCCUCCUGCGCCAACUCCGACAAGCACUCCCGAAAGUGCUCCGCCUGUUGAGGUACCAUCGCCGGAGCCUAGCAAGAAGUCGAGGAAGCACAAAGCACCAGCUCCUUCCCCGGCGUUGCUUGGUCCCCCUGCACCUCCUUCCGAAGCCCCUGGUGCAAGCGAGGAAGGUCCUUCACCCGGCCCUUCACUGGAAGACAAGAGUGGAGCUGAAGCACUGCAGAAGGUGGCCGGAAGCUUGGCUUUGGGAUGGGCUGCCGUCGCCGUUAGCUUCAUCAUCUAGAGCGAGGAAAAUAAGGAGAGAGAUGAUGUGAUCGUUCUUCAUUUAUUUAUAUUGAAUCUUUAUUUUGUUUAAAAUUUCCUCCAUUGUACUCCAUAUCAUAAGAGGUGCUUUUUGAUUGAAUUGAUUGAUGAAAUUUGUUUUUACCGAAUCGACCACACUUGGGUGUAUGCUUUGA